ACCACUACUAAUAUUCUUAAAAAUCUAAAACGUGUUGCUUUUUUGAUUAAAAAUAUAUAUUGUUCUCUUUUUAGGGCAUCCAAUAUUGUUCAUAACGAAAUAGAUUUCUAUUUUAUCCACCACUUAUUUUUCACAUCAAAUUUUUGUUCAUGUUCUAAGCUGAUUGGGUUUAACGGUGGGUGAUUGUUAUUUUUGUUGUCGGGUGUUAAGUUCUUAUUGCUGACGGAUGCUUGUAGUUAUUUUUCCUUUACUUGUGGCUGCCUUUUUCACGAAUUAUCGUCAUUAUCAUCAUCAUUGCGAGAGAUGAUUACCCGAAUGCCGCCAACUAUUAUGGAUGAUGUAAGUGCAAAAAGCCAUUGAACGCUUAUUAUUUUUCUACCUCUUCUUUUUUAACCAGGUUUUUUUCCCCAACUUUACUUAACCAAUCAAAUGCGGAGCAAUAAACUUUGAGCAGAAUGUGGCUAGACUUUGAAUACCUAGCGAGAAUCUUUCACUUUGGCUUGGCUUUCGAUCUUAAAUGUUAAAUUCAGCUAAGCAGCUUAAGACCAUUUCGCUGCGAAAAGUUUGUGGUUAUCCUUGAACGAAAACACUUUCAUUGACUCCUCGUUGUGGCUGCCAAAAUACAUUGGAUGUUUGGGUGUGGGAGUAAACCAGCAGCCAAACAGAAAGGACACUUCAUUUUCCACCAGCCCGAAUUUCCACUACUUUUCAUCUGCAGUUAGUGGCUUGGAAGUUACUUGGCUGCAUUUUCUGUUUAGCUGCGUUUAGCUUACCAAGUACUUUUGGCACUUAACCAAGGUUAAGUAAGACUUUCCCCCAAGUCACAGAAAACAAAACCCAAAUAAGUGAUAAAGAGCACAUAAAAUAGGAGCGUGGGUUGCUUAAGAUUCAAUUCAAGGCCUUCUAGCAAAAGUCGUUAAAGUGGCGGACAACUAUCUUUGGAGAUUGCAAAAACUGAACUCUUAAAAAUUUUGCAAUAUACUUCAAACUUAAGGUGAUUACUGGUUAUGUGGAAAAGAUAUGGGAUAUAUGUAGGGCAGAGCUUUUACUGAGAAAUAUCAUUUACAUUUAAAAUUUACUUCUCCUUAAAAAAUUUCUCAUUUUUAAAUUGAUAUUUUCUAUAUAUAAAUGACUUCUUAGCUUUGCAGGAUCUUCAUUCAGAAUGCUCCUAUAUUUAAGCACUUUUCCGGCUUCAUAAAUAGCCAGCAAAGAAAGAGACCGACUGAAUCAGGCAGAAAGAGACAUGAAGCAAGCAAGCGGGAUAAAUAGAAAGAGACAGGGAGUUCAACAUAUAUUCAACGAGCAAAGUGCGCAAACAAAAACAAACAAAUGAAAUUGAAAACGUUACGCAUGCGCCGCUUUUCCGACCAAACUUGACUUUGUGGGGCUUUCCCUGGAAAUCCGCAUAUACAAUGAUUUGGUAUUGCAGCUGCUAUUUCUGUCGCACGACUUUCAAACCUAUCGAAUAUCAAAGCGAGGCAGCAAGAGAGAUAGCAACACAACUUGGAAGCUGCAAAUGAAAAUCGCAAUUGGAAACGUGAGGUUGAGAUGCAGUUCCCUCCUCAGCACUCAACCCACCCAACCCAUCCAAAUGCACAUCCACGCAUCUUUUCCGUUCAGUGAGCAUCUCACCCAUCUCAGCCGAUGAAAUUGAAUCUGCUCCGGCUGCAAGGCAAUAAAAGUGGGCGUCUGACCAGAGAGAUGCGUCACAAGUCGGUCGACAGCCAGCGCACUCAUAAGUUAUGGAGCCAUGGAUCUGGAUAUCCUGAAUCAGCACUCCUCAUCCAACUUUCUCAGGAUCGCCAUUUGGGGCACAUGGAGCCUGCUGCUGGUAUCGAAUUUCGCAGGCUGUCAGGCCGUUCCGGGCGGAAGCAGCGGAGAACGUGUCCAUAUCCGACUCCACAUGCCGGAGGUGGUGCGUCAGCAUACGCAUUUCCACAACGUCUACAAGUUGCCGCGGCAAACACACCCGGUUCCCGUACCGCCACCCACAACGAUCGCAACGAUACAUCCGAAAUUUGCGGGAAAACCUCACGUUCAACUUUUGGGUUAUACAACGGCAGUUGGGAGUACCGGACCAAUGGCUCCCAAUCUAAUGCAACUGAUGGGCACGGCAGCCACACCCACUCUCAUGCCUACGCCCAGCAAUAUGGCGCCCAACUAUGGACCAGCUUUAUUCGAUAAUUACAAUCAGGAGUUGGCUUUAAGCGCAACAACCACCACAACGACGAUGAGACCUCAGAUUUUAAAAACCUCUAAGCAGCAACAACAAUUGUUGCAACAAAUUUUCACACCUGAAAAACCUGAAGAGGAAGAUAAUUCUGUGGAGGAUAAUCGAUUGGAGAGUAAUUCUUUACUAAACAAUGAUUUUCUAGAGGCUCUGCAAAGGGAAUAUCUCUCAAGAUUCGGUGGUCGUCGAAAGCGGAAGAAAUCCAGUUCAAAAAUUAGGAAUUCAAACAAGGAAUAUUCGAAUUACUUUAAGAGUAAACCGUACUAUUAUCAAGAUGAAGAUCUGUCGGAGAACUUUGAAGACUACCAGGAUGAACAGCCACAGCAGCACGAGGAUUACGAAGAAGUGAUGGUAAUGAGUACGCCCAAUAAAUAUGGUGGUUAUUAUGCUACAGGAUCGGAGGAAAUGGAUCAGGACCAUGCGCAGGGCUAUGAUAGUGCUGUGGCUUUUAGCGGCCAGGAUAAUAGCAUUUCAUCAUCCAUACCAACAAUGGAAGACUUUCUCGAUGAUGCUAAUAAUCCAGUGUCUAGUUAUGGGGGAAACUAUGAUCCCUAUGGCAACUCGAAUGAUAUGUUUUCCCAAUCCUGGCAGCCUUCUUCCACCAGCGCCACAAUAAACAACAGUUGGUCGAGACCCACCGCCAAUUCGUAUACCAAUUCCUCAAAGAAGCCAAAAUCAAGGCCCAUUAGAUCCAGAGGUCGAACUAAAGUUCGAUAUGUCAAGUUAGUUACGAGAAAGAAACGCAAAAACCACAUUUGCACCAAAAGGUAUCGACCAUAAUUUAAAAUUGCAACUGUUUAAAGGGUUUAAAGUUUCUCUUCUGUAGUUUUUGUAAUUAAAUAUGUUAUUUAUUUAUAAUAAGUCCAAAAAUGCUUUCUUGUUACUAUUGAAAUUGAUUUGGUAUUAAACGACAAUAUAUAAUAAAUAUUUUUUUAAUCACAGUUAAUUGAUUUUAAUUUAAAACUAUUUAUGUCUUACCCAUUUUAAUUGAUUAAUCUUAAGUAUCAUCAAGCGUUU